CACCACAGGUACUGAGCUGCCCUUGGGGCGGGCCAGGUGUACCCGUCUCUGCGGCUGAGGACUCGCCACUCCACCGGGGACUGGAGAAGAGAGAGGCGCGGGGGGUGGGGGGGGACAGCAAGUCAUCCCGACUCCAGGCUCACACCCUUGGCACGUCCGGGAGCGGCGAUCGCAGGGGACAGGACAACACGACCACGCAGCCUGGGCUCCGCCGCGCCACACUGAGCCUACUCAGAGGCGCCGUGGGCUUGCGGUCGUAGCCCGGAGAGAGGCCGACGGGUGGAAGUUGCCUCUCGGACAGCCCGAGCAGCGAUGCUGACCAGCUCCGAGGCAGAGCUCGGCAGAGCUUCCCGCCGGGCUCUCUGGCAGAGACCGCCAGCAACCUUGUGCUGACAAUCAUCUGCGCCGCUCCACAGCGACCCGCCGCCCUAGCUGCGGCCGUCCUGCACUCCCCGGGACUGGGGUCUUGAAGGGGCUACCCGCUCGCCAGGGAUCUGCACGCCUGGGGUCUGGAUUCCCUUCAGAAACUCACACUGAAUGGUGGGUCCUGUGAAGGGCAAAGGAUAGCACCCACUAGCUUCAUUCCUGCUCCUUCCAUUUACAUUAGAUGUUGAGAGAGUCCUGAGCAACAACUGCCCCUCUCUGAGGAAGGAAACUGCCAUGAUUUACCAAGGCAAGAAGAAUAAUCUCCUGUGAUCACAAGAUGACUCAGGAUGGACCCUGAAGCUGCCCAGCUGGAAAAGCAGCGCGUUCACGAUGUCUACGAGAGUACUGCUCCCUACUUCAGUGACCUGCAAAGCAAAGCCUGGCCACGCGUCCGCCAGUUCCUGCAGGGCCAGAAGCCAGGCAGCCUCAUCGCCGACAUUGGUUGUGGAACUGGAAAGUAUCUUAAAGUGAAUAGCCAAGUACAUAUCCUGGGCUGUGACUACUGUAGGCCUCUGGUAGAGAUUGCCCGGAAUAGAGGGUGUGAAGUCAUGGUAUGUGACAACCUUAAUCUCCCCUUUAGGGACCAGGGCUUCGAUGCUAUCAUCUCCAUAGGAGUCAUACAUCAUUUUUCUACAAAACAAAGAAGAAUUAGAGCCAUAAAGGAAAUGGCCAGGAUCUUAGCUCCCGGAGGCCAGCUGAUGAUUUAUGUUUGGGCAAUGGAACAGAAGAACCGACGCUUCGAGAAACAGGAUGUGCUUGUGCCGUGGAACAGGGCACUCUGUUCCCGUCUGCUCUCGGAGCCCCACCAGUCCUGGGGCCAUCAGCGUGAGCAUCCCACGAGCCACGGCUACCGGGGCGGUGGCUCCGCGUGCGGCUGCGCAGUGUGUUUUAAGGGCCGAUGUGAUUCCAAGCGGUCCCACAGCAUGGACUACGGGCCUGCGGUGGCCAGAACCUGCUGUGAGGCUAUGUCGAAGGAAGGCGAGGAAGAGAAUGGAUUAUAUAACAAUUUUGGAAAAUCUUUUCGCUCCUGGUUUUUCUCCAGGUCUUUGGAUGAAUCAACCCUAAGGAAGCAAACUGAAAGAGCCAGGCCAAUGAAAAGCCCAGAGGCUUGGGCCAAUAGCACAGUGUCCCACCAGCCUUCAAGACACCCCAGUUUAGACUUGCAUCCUCAGGAGCAGUUUUCAACAAAAGAAUCGAACUUAGAUGAGGUAUUUGUAGACACAUCUUCUCAAACACACUUGGGCUGGCUAGGCGCAGCGGGAACUUCACAGAACUUUAGUGGACACAAGGCAGGAGAGAGCAGGAGGGAGCGGAAGGGCGAUUUUCUGGACAUCACCGAUAUCAGGAACGGUGUGGCUGCUAACGUCAGUGACCCUUCUUCCAGAAAAACGUUAAGGAGGGUAUCUGCGUUCGACUCUACGGAUUCCAACCCAGAAACCCCAAACUCUGAGGAGGAGCAGCGGGAUGCCCCAGAUUGCACAGCCUUCAUGCGCUACUACCACGUGUUCCGGGAAGGCGAGCUGUCCAGCCUGCUGCAGGAGAGUGUGUCCGAGCUGCAGGUUCUGAGCUCCGGCAAUGACCAUGGCAACUGGUGCGUCAUCGCUGAGAAAAAGAGGAGCUGGGAUUAACUGCCUAGAUGGGAUUAACGACAUCCGUCCCUCGGGAGCACAGGCUUGUCCAUCAUCGGUUCACUGAGGCUGAUGCGGGCACCCGAGUCACCAUCCUAUUUCAUUGUUGUCAAAUGCAGGCACGAGUUGGUCGUUGGCCACUUUGACCUGAUCCUCCCAAUUGCUGACUAAGCGCUGAGCCUGGUACUACUCCCUGCAUCCGCCACAGGCUGUGCCUGCUGAAAUCUCAGUAAAAGGAUCUGAGGAAGCAAUAAAAAAAAAAAUGAACUUCACUGCAGGAUUGACGUUAUUCUUCUCAGAGAUGAAAAUAUUAUAAUACACGUAUGUCAAGUGUCAGUAUUUAACCAGUCUGCUGUUAAACAUACCAUUUAAGAAGCAGUUUUUUUUUUUUUUAAUAAAAUAUGUUGGCCCUCAGGAAGUUACGUAGAUCUCUGUGGAAGGUAGCAAGGACACCUAUUUCAUUGCUCGUGUGUAUUUGUUGAGGGUUGCUGUGGGGAUGUCUUGUUUCCAGGCUUUGUUUCUAACUACUUCAAGCCUUCACAGAAAUUCAUUCGGUGCAGAGAAACAAGAAGUAUUGUCCCGACUCUCUACAUGACAUGCAAGCGUCCUUCAGGAUGAUCACUGUAAACAAUACUCUCUUCAGAGCUGCGCUGAAGUUUCUUAAAGGCACUGUUAGCAGAGGGUGUAAGUUUAGUGUUAGAGCAGGCAGCUCGAAGGUCCAAGAACCAGCAUCCACCCACAGCACCACAGACAGAAGAAAAAGAAUAAUGACAUGGUUAGCACGAAGAGAGCAUUGCAGGGGCAGAAGGUGGUAUCUCCUCUCGUGACAUUUUCCCCAAAGGUAUUAGAAGCAGAAAUGUCCUACCCAGAUAGUGUCAAAAUCAACCGAAGAGUUUUCAGCUAGGAAAUGCUUGAGUUAUCUGAGAAUCUAACUGGAGAAAUUUUUCUUUGCCUGUGAGGACAUACCUGAAAAGCGCCACGUGUUUAGCCAUGGUGGACACAUAGCUGUUGGGAUUUGUUGUCGCAUGCUGGGUCUCCUAACCUUUUGAAGGUGACCACAUUAGAUCAUCAUAUCAAUGAUCUGGACAGAAUCAAAUCUUAGUCACAGGUUGAGUUUCUGGUAGUCCGUAAUGUUGUGUUUAGACUGAGCACGGUAAGAUCAAUGUUUUUUUGUAGAUUUAAGGAUGGGUCCGUUUAAUUCUGUGCCGUGGAUCCUGAGGCACAAUUAUGACAGAACUAAAGACUGGACUCAGGAGAAACAAAAAUAAGUUGGCCAAGGAAUAUGGUUCCAGAUAAUUCUUUAAUAAGCAGAAAAUCAAAUAGUCAUUGUACUUUCUGGACCAACAUAAUGAUGGAGAUUAAAUUAAAAUCCAAUCUUCAUCUUAUUUUUUUUCCACUACAAAAUUAACAAAAACCACAAUGGAUCAUAUUUAUUUGGUGUUUACUCUCUUCAGUGACGUUGCUAGAACUUAACAGAAUGAAGCUACUUUUGAAGAAAAUCCAAAGACGGUUUUAAAAACCCUAUCAGACAAUCACUGAGACUCUCCGCCUCAGAGGCUGGUCCCCGCGCUCAUGCUGUGGAAGUGGCACAUGUGACUUGUACUUUUCAGUGCAGGUUUUGAACAGGGAACAUUGGAAAUACACAUAGGUGUGAAGUACAAACUGAAAUGUAAGGGUAUGUGCCUUCCUUUUUUUUUUAUUUUCAAAUUAAGACAUUAAACUGUAAGCACAGGUGUCUUCCUGGGAGAUACAGUGACCCGGAACUAGCAGUGACAAGCCCCUUUAUUGUGGUUUCCCUUCUCUGAGGUCUACUGUCACUGCUCUCGCUUGGCUUUGCCGCUAGACAUAAGAGUUUGACCUUGCCCCUUUCUGGUUCGAACGUGCUACUUAAAGGUCAUUACAUGGAACUCAAUUCAUUAGGCUGGGAUGGGAUGGCUUGCCCACUAAACGUGUUUGAGGGAUAUCAUAAAAUAAAUAUGCACCCUACUUUGUAUUAAAAAGCCUUUGGAAUGGUUAUUGGAAGAGAGAGAUUUCCAUACAGCAUUGACGGAGCUAUGAACACUGUGAGAAGUCUCACUCUGUAGAGCGUAGGAAUUCUAUGCAUCCAGACCCGUGGCUGGUAACUUCUCUUUGGGGUAUUCUUGUGGAAAGCACUCUUACAUUCAACUUUUGCCUUUCGAUGAUAAAAGCCAUUGAAAACCAAUGUAAAUACGUUGAUCGUUUAAGAGCUUGCUCAUCUUUAGGGCUGUCCUCAGAAGGAAACACAAGUCAUAAAUGGAGACAGAGUGUGUCUGUCAGCCUUAAUCAGCCUGUAUGUAGACUUUACUGAUGUAUCUAAAGUGAUCUGACUUUCUCCACUGCUAAGAGAAAACGAUGUUUGGUUGUUUUUGUUUUUGUUUUGUUUUUUCUAGUGUCUUCCUGGCAUCAACACAGAGUCCCACUGUCUGACAUGGAGGAGAAUGCUCAGGGAGGUUGCUAGGGAAUCAUUAGAACUCAGACAAGUACUGUCUGGUUUGUGUGGGGAAGCCUAUGAACACAGACAAAUUAUUUGAAAAAAGCACAUUGAUAUAAACAAAAGAUGCAAUCAAAAUAAUAUUUUCCUGUGGGCCAAGGGAUUAGUGAGUUUCUCUGGCUUAUUCGGUUUAGGGGGUUGUUCCUUUUGUUUGCUCGCUUGCUGGCAGAGUGAUGAAAAAUGAUCCGUGUGCAGCACUGACUACAGACUGGCUGCACACAUAUGUUGGCUGCCAUACGAAUUUGGUCCUCCUGUUUCACCUUGCAUCCCAUGCAAUCUAUCCCUCAUUCCUGUUUCUGGUUUUCCCUUCUCCAUCACUCUGACUCUAGAUGCUAAAGAUGCCUGUGUGUUUAACUGACCUUCAUUUGAGGCUGCAAAAACUGAAGGUAAUCCAGAUGGGGAAUUAUCUAAGUGUAGGUUAGGAAUGUAAAUGUAUUUGCAUUAUUGGCCACUGAAAAAAAGUGAAUACUGGUGGAUCUUUCAGAUACAUGGGUUCCCAGAGAAUAGAAAAUGGAACCCUAGUUGUACUCAGUAUGGAAGUGAAUUCCUUAAAAAUGAGGGAUAAGAGGUUAGCGGGCGGCUCAGUUAUUUAAAGUGUUUGCUGUUCCUGCAGAGGUCCUGAAAUUGGUUCCUACAGACAGACACACAGACACACACACACACACACACACACACACACACACACACUGUCCACAUAAAAAUAAAUACUUUUAAAAUAGGCUAUGAACACCCAAUUUGGGAGAGAUGAGAAAAUUGGAAUGGCUGUUGGCUCUGCAGCCAGACUGUGAAGAACAAAUUAAGCUGAGUCUUACCUUUCCUGAACAGAAAUAAAGGAGUGGGGGUGGGGAUAAUAAUAGCAGCCAACUAUAGCAGCCAACAUUGAUUAUUUUAUUUGUAACCCUCUCCAUAGCUCUCUCAGGUAAAUGUAAUUCCCAUUGUGCAGAUUAGAAAACUUAAGGCAGAAAGAAAGGUGAUAAUUUAUCAAAGCCUACAGAGAUUUAGUUAAAUUCAAUCUUAGAUGGUCUGGCUCCAGCCCAGGAUUAUAACUAUCAUUCCCCGAAUGCCACCUGCUGGGUGCCAGGCACUGUGCUAAGCAGACAAGAGAAUGUUCAAGAUUAAAUCUAAUUGUCCCCUGUACAAAGGCAUUAAACAGGUUAAGAAAAGAGCAUGUUUCUCUCUCCCCUUUAUGUUUUCAUUUUUUUUUACAUGUAUUUGUGUUUGUAUGUCUAUGUCUUUGUGGAGAUCAGAAGACAACUUGCAAGAUUUGGUUUCUUCCUCCGCCAAGAUCUUUAGGUUGGUGGCAAGCGCCUAGACUCCCCGAGCCCUCUUCUCUAUGUUGUUGGUGUUGUCGUUUAUAAAUCCGUCUCUAUUCGACUUUAAUAAUAAAAGUUCUUGAUCACAGAA